UUGAAUAACUAGUUGUAGUAUCUCAAAAUAUUUUUACAUGACUCUCUAUUCCUCAAGCUUUUUAAAGAAAAAUAUCACUCUACGGAAAAAAAAAGUAAUACCACUCAAACAAUUUUGUACAUCAUUUGUUUUGGCGCGAAACGAACUCCAAAAGUCUACCAGUCGUUAAGUUCAACCAUUUUAAUUUGUAUGGUUAGUGGAGUUGGAAUUUGUGUAAAAUUUGGAAGUAAAUUACACGGAAGAGAUGUCACGCACGAAAACUUCAGGAGGUGCUUCUAGAAAAGUUUUGGCUGGGAAAGCACCUCGGAAAACGUUAGGUGGCUCAACAUCUAAAGUUUCGAAACCCAAAACCAGGUCUUCCAGGAAGUCUAUGUCCAAACCUUCCAAAGCUUCGAAAUCAUCCAAAGGUAAAAAUGGUUACCGCGGUGGUAAUCGUGUUCCUAAGAACAUGAAGACCCCCGGCUGGCAGAAAGGUAUCAAGGAGUUCUUGUCUGCGGUGAACCAGGAUGGUGCUGGUUGUUCAAAAGAUGAGCAGCAGGUGGAACCACAGGAGACAGAGAUGAUGCUCGAAGAAAGCGCUGUGAACAAGGUUGCGGAAGGCACUUCGAGUGGACUGUCGGAUUCCAGUGUGGACCAGUUGAACAGCAGUGGGGCGAGCGAGCAGAACAGUGAUGAGGUGGUUUCUGCCAACGAGAUCACAGAAGCAACAGCGUCCAGUGCAGAUCGUGCUGACAUGGAGGUUUCUGCUGAGAAAGCUGAUACUGCAGAGGCUAAGGCAGACUGUCGUGUGGGCAUGGCGGUUGAUGGGAAAGAUAAUGCAGUCGAAUGUGCUGAUGAUAAGGAAGACAAAUCUGGAAAUGAUACAGUGGACAAUUUUUCAGAGGACAAGGAAGGUAACUCUAUGGAAGUUAAAAUAGAUGAUCUGGCAGAGGAUAAGCUGGCUGACCUUGUGAAGAGUAAAAUAGACAACCCUGUGACUGAUAAGAUGAAUGAGGUGAAUUCUGCAAACAAUGCAAUGGAAAUUGAAGCUGGCAAUUCUUUACUUAUUGCUGGGGAGUCUUCAGAAAAUGAGGUGAACAGUUCUUCAGAAAACAAGGAGGGUGAUUCUUCAGAUAAGGUAACUAGCAAUUCCUUAGAAGAAAAAAUGGGUGAUUCUUCAGAUAAGGUGGCUAGAAUAUCUUCAGAAGACAAAAUGAGUGAUUCUUCAGAUAAGGUGACUAGAAAUUCCUCAGAAGAAAAGAUGGUUGAUUGUUCAGAUAAGGUGGCUAGCAAUUCUUCAGAAAACACGAUAAACAAUUCUUCAGAUAAGGUGACUAGCAAUUCUUCAGAAGAAAAGAUGGUUAAUUGUUCAGAUGAGGUAGCUGGUGAUUCUUCAGAUAAGGUGGCUACCAAUUCUUUAGAAGACAAGAUGGGUGAUAUCUAGGCAAAGACCAAGUUCUCAAAACAAAAGGGAAAAUUGAAACAGAAGCAAUGUUUUGUGUUCAAUGGUAUGAAAAAUUAGGAAGGAAAGAGAAAAUGUAGUGCCUGCAAAAAUGUUGUAGGAGUCAUUGUAUGAGACAAUAGUAUUUGUGAAUUUUAUCCUACUGCCUGUAGUUAUAAGAUAUCGUCAGUCAGAUCACAUUGCAGUCAGCAAUUAUUUCAAAGCCAAAACCAAAGAAAUGAAGUACUAAAACUUGCAAUGGUUUUAUCAAAUAUUGUAGAAGAACAAUAUAGGAAAGUCACCUUAAAAACGGGCGACACGUUGUGCAGCGCAUUCUAUUGGCAUGGCCUGGUCCUGCAGCGUAAGCGCAUUUGGGACAAUGUUAUUUUAGCGAUUUUUAUUUCAUGUUUUUUUUUUUUUUUAAGUUUUCUUCAGCAUUUGUAAUUUAUUAUGGCUGGAAAAAUUUGUUCAAUGUUUGGUUGCAACAAUUACGAUGUUGCUAACUGUUUGAAGUCGUUUUUUAGAUUUCCGAAGGACGAAACACUGUAAGUAACCCACUCCACUACUUCAUAACCAUGAUAACCAUGUAUGGUUUAAAAAUUUUCACUUAUUGAUAGGUAUACCAAAUAUUGUUAUACUGUAGGAUUAGUUACUGAAUAAUCUUCUUAAUUUUUCUCAAGGUGCAAACAGUGGGUGUUGAAAUGCAAGCGAAGUGACUUGGAUGUUGUGCUCAGAAAGAAUGGGCCUGGUCAUUUUAAAUCCAGACACAUUUGCUCUGACCAUUUUAAGAAAGAGGAUUUGCGUAACCCUAACCUGCCAUCACAAGGGUAAGAACAAAUAUACAUAUGUUAAUUUUUUUAAUCUUUGAACAUUUGGUUAGGUUUGCUACAUUUACAGUCUAUACUGUAGUUUAUCUGAAUGGUUGGUUAGGCUAGGCUGGGUACAACACAAAUCCUGUAAAUUGGGUAACUUUCGUACAGGGAGACUCUUAACGAAAUAAAAAGAAAAGGAAAGGAAACUAUGCUCCUUGCAUUCUAGAUACGUCGCUGAGUUUACCCUUAAAAGUCCGUUUUUAUAUUUCUAAUAGUUUGGGAUAAAUCACACUUCAUAUUUUCCAGUUUAAAAUACCUGUGCUUUCAUGCAGCAGUGACCAUUGUUACAGCUAUUACAGAUGCUGCAUCAACAAGCAUAGGCGGAUUUAGGGAGGGGUGUUACGUGCCUCCCCCCCCCCCCGUACCUGGAGGCACCCCUGUAUAAAAUCUUAUAUUAUGGAGCUGCAAACUAAAUAAAUAAAAAUAUAUGCUUUCAUAAAUGAUGCUAAUUGUUUUAGACUACAAAAAAUAGCAUCCCUAUGUGCUAAUUCUGAAAUUCAAAAAUUUCUUAACUUUUUACUUCUUGGCUAAAUCUGCAAACUCCAAAGGUAAUUUAUGUGCCCAUAAGGGGUGCUGCCAAGAUAGCUACUUUUUAAACUACCCUGUGGUCUACGAUAAUUUAUUUAUACCAUAUUAGGUUUUACACUUGAGACGUUCAGUUCAAACUUAGCCCUGAUGACUAGGCUACCAGCAGACACAGGUACCUAACUCAAAUCCUGUCGGUCAGAGUUACAAGUGGAACAUGAGGUAUGUUCAAUUUUAUAAUGUUAAAAAUGGUAAGAGGUAAGGGUUUGUCAAAUUGUUUUAAGCAAUUCCCUUCCCAUUGUUUUAACUACAGUGAAACCUCAUUAAUACAAACCUGAAGGGGAGUAAAAUAUUUCAGUUUGUAAUAACGAGGUUCAUAUUAAUGAGGUUCUUGAGCCAAUAGGUAGAAUAAGAACUCAAUAAGAAAUAUUGAAUUCCUACAUGUCAGAGCACUAAAAAUGUGGAAUAUUAUUAUUGUAAUAGAAGCCAGAUAUUGACAUGCACACUAACAAAAUACACUUAGAAGCAAUUUUAAUAGUUUUAAUAAAAUAUACUAUAACAGACUGAUAAUUAGUAUACAUAUACGUAUGUAUGUAUUCUUAUUUAAUUUGCUUCCAAAGUUUUGACAAAAAUGAUUAACAUUUACCGUACAGUUAAUUGCUGUUGAGUGUAUAGCAAUUCUUAUGCAAAGUAUGCAAGAUAUAUUUACAUAGGUUUAAAAAAAUCAUUAAUUUUUUUCUGGACACACUUAUCUCUGUAAAUAUCAUUUACAGCAGAACAUAUCUUCUCAAAUCCUGCAAUCAAGUCAAUUGGCACAUCACUUGCAGCAAGUACAUUUUCCAGUGUACGCAAAGCACUGAUUGUAUCACUUUUGCUUGGAAGUUUAUGCACUACCUCACCAUUGUCGUCAUCACCAUCAUUAUCCUGACUCGUACCACCCUCACAAAGUGACUGUACAGCGUCAGCCGUUGGUGUUUCCUGUAAUCCUCGUGAACCAACAAGAUCUUCUGCAGUUAAUCUUGCACUGGUGUACACACUGUCAUCAAUAUGAACAAACUCAUUGAAGUCAUUAUCAACUUGCACAUGUUCUUUUAACUCUUGCCAAUCCUCUAAAGGUUGAUCACAGUCAGGUUCUUCAACAGUUUGCUGGCCAAAACCACUUUUUGCAAAGCAAUGCACAAUUGUCUUUUGGCUGAUGCUGUCCCACGACAUGGCUAUACUGCGGAUAGCAUCCAAAACUGACCAUCUAGGAAGCUCAGUCUUUCCUUUUUCACACUGCCUGAUAAGGUAUUUCACCAAGCGCUGUCUGUAGUUUCUUUUCAAGCACUGUAUUAUACCUUGGUCGAGUGGUUGUGUCACACUUGUUGUAUUUGGUAGCAAGAAGAGUAAGGUAAUGUUUUCCAACUUCAUACCAUGAGCAGUAUGUGCAGCACAGUUGUCCAACAAUAACAAAAUUUUGCGAUUUAGAGUCGCCAUUUUCCUGUCCAAUUUUAACAACCACAACUGGAAAAUUUUUGUGGUGACCCAAGCCUUACUGUUUGCCUCGUAAUCUACUGGCAGGUUUUUUGCUGCAACAUCUUUGAAACAUCUUGGCUUGGCAGACUUGCCAAUAACCAAGGUCGAAGUUUAGUACUGCCAUCUUGAUUACAACAUAGUAAAACUGUAAGACGAACUUUACUGUGUUUACCGCCAUGGCAGUUUUCACCUUUUACGGUUAGAGUUUUAUUGGGCAACAGAUUGUAAAAAAGCCCUGUUUCAUCCAUAUUAAACACAUCUUGUGGUGCAAAUUUACUUACGAUGGACUGUACUGACUGAAGCCAGUCACUCGUUGCUGUUUGGUCGACAGCUGCAGAUUCGCCACAAAUGGAUUUUGUGGCCAAAUUAUGCCUAUCUUUGAAGCGUUGAAGCCAUCCGUUGCUGCAAUUGAAAUCGUCAAUUCUGAGUUGCAGUGCCAGCUGAUCAGCCUUUUCUUGGAUAAUAGGCCCGGAAAUUGGAACUCUGGCGGCGCGCAUUUGAUGAAACCACUCCAGCAGUUUGGCCUCUAAUUCGGAAUGUUUACCGACGCGCAUCCUUUUCUUAGUUUGAUUACUACCUUUCCUGACCGCUUCUUCUAUUUUAUCUGCUUGCUUUAGAAUUGUACUUAAGGUUGAUUUUGAUAUACCAAACUCUUCAGAAAGUUCUGUUUUCGUUUUUUCACCCUGACGAACUGAAUUUAUUAUCUUAAUUUUCGUCUUCAAUGCAAUUUCCUUGCGUUUACGUUUUGCCUCCAUUUUUAUGUGUGUACGUACAAAUUCUAAAGUUUAAUAAAAUUCUCACGAGAUAAUUCACUUAAACUUUCAUUACAACGUACACAAAUAUUAAACACGUUAGGCGUAACAUAUAUUUUGUUUUUAUUGGUCCGGCACAGAUUCAUGUAUACAAAGGAAGUACAAAAUUGAACGUAAAUACCAUCCCACGUGAAGUUCGAUAUAUCGAAUAUUGUACAAACGCGAGUGAUUUCUGAACAUAUCGAACACACGAACGAGUGAUUUUGAAAACAUAGAGUUAAAAACACACUUCGGACACUCAGGCGGGGCCGUAUCUUUGUGGUAAUCUUUGGUUCGUAUUAAACGAUAAACAUGACUGUUUGUUUAUACGGACGGGAAUUGUUAUUGUUCGCUAUACAUAAUAACGAGAAUUUCGUAUUAACCAAACAAAUCUUCAUUGUGUUUAAUGGGCAUAUUUCACGGGGAAAUAGUAAUAGGUAAUAUUAACGAGUCAUUCGUAAUAAGCGGGUUAAUAUUAACGAGGUUUCACUGUAUACAGAAUCACUAUGGAAACUAAAACAAAUGAGUUAACCAAAAAGUUUAAAGAAAGAUACAACAUUGUGCUCUUAAAAUUUUUUUUGCUGCAAUGUAAACCAAUUUUAAAAGUAUUUUUAAGAUAUUUUAUGUUUUUUUUUUUUAAGUAGAUGCUUGUUUGAAAAAAAUUCAAAACUAUUUUAAAAAUUGUAUUUUUUUAGUUCCUCUCAUUCUAUUUAAUGACUUAGGUAACUGUACGUAUCUGCUAUAUUUCAAGAGUUCAUCAGUAUUUACGUAUUUCAGCAGUAGUGAAAAUUUUGUUUGUUACAUUAAAAAAAACUAAAAUAGUUGGUUAGGUUAGCUAUAUUUAUUAUACUGUAAAUUUUUUUUGAACAGUUUCUUACAUUGUGUUAGCUACAUUUACGUUACUUUAAUUUUUGUAAAUGGUUAGGUAAAACUAGCGAUAUUGAGAAUUCUCACUUUUGUAUCAAGUAUCUAUUAAUUUUUUAUGUAUAUUUUUAAUUUUUUUUUUCCAGAUGAAUUCUUCCUUAGGAAAUUACCCGUUUUUUAUUUUUUCGCGGAAUAUUUACGAAGUAAACAAUAUAGUGUAUAUUUAAUUGUUAAAUGCUGUCUUAUCUGUGUCCUUUAGUUUGUCUGUUAAAGACGAGAGAAAAAAUGUGCCAAAAUCGGCCAUUAUAAUACACGGAAAUUUGAAUUUCGCAGGCGUUCUGCAGGACAAGCCGCUAGGAUCGCUGCAGUCAUGUGUCGCCAUUGCUGGCCAUGUUAAAUAGCCUGAUUUUCCUAUAUUGUUCUUCUACAAUAUUUGGUUUUAUAUAGAGCCAGUUAAUCCCACCAUCACCAAAACUAUAGUGUGAUCUUAAUUAUUAAAAAUUAUGUUCAUACUUAAUUCUGUUUACUACCUGUAAGUAGGUAUCCAUUUUGUGUAUUAUACUUAAUUUUGUUUCAGCAAAUUAUCCUGUUGGUAAUAAUUAUGUUAUUUUACUUAGUAUUUGGUUGUUCGUAUGAAGGGAAUACAAAUUAUAUUGUUUUAAAAUUUGUGGAGUAAUUAAAAAUAAAGAAAAUAAACUUGGUGUGAUUAAUUUUAACAUAUUAUUUUACUUUAUUGUAUUGUUUAUAAUUCCUUGCAGAGUACUUCAUACUAUUUUAAAAUAAUAAAGUAUACUCCCGCAAUAAUAUGAGAAUAUUAUGUAAAUUCGAUGAGCUUAAAGUUGCUAUUCUACUCAUGACAAGUUGUAUUGUGUAAUGGUACUUCAACUGUUGUCAUUAAGGUAUGUAGCUUCUCUACAUAUCAUAAUUUUCUAAUAAAUGUCACUGAAACCUUUUAAUCACAUGUAGGUUAUUCUUGUUGCAUGCCGAGGACCAACUGACCUAACGUGUUAUGUGGUUGAAACUUUGGUAAUUGCAGUAAAACUGUUACAUUAAAGUAAUUAUUUUUAA